AUGGAGCAUUCACAUACUCAUGGUAGGCAUAUUUUGCUUAAAUUCCUUCAUGGGUUCAUUCUUUUAUGCAUGAGCACACAUCUAGAAUCUGCAGCACUACCCAAAAGUACUUCUGCAAAUAACGAAUCGGAUCGUCUGGCACUGCUAGAGUUGAAGAAAAGAAUAACUAAAGAUCCUCUCCAUGUCAUGAGCUCAUGGAAUGAUUCCACCAAUUUAUGCAGUUGGGUGGGCGUGACAUGCAACCCUUCCACCAAGAGAGUCAUGAUUUUGAAUCUUGAAGAUCAACAGUUGGUAGGCUCCUUACCACCGUCUAUAGGAAAUCUUACUCAUCUUACCGGAAUCAACCUGAAUACCAACAGCUUCACUGGGGAAAUUCCUCAAGAAACAGGUCGGCUACAUAGCUUGCAACAUCUCAACCUAUCUGCCAAUUCAUUUGGUGGGAAAAUUCCAGCUAAUAUAUCUCACUGUACUCAACUACGUUUCCUCAAUCUUCGUUCGAAUCAGCUCAUUGGAUCCAUUCCUAGCCAACUCAGUUCAUUGUUGAGUUUAACUCAUCUAUUGCUUAGUCUUAACAACCUAACUGGAAGCAUCCCAGAAUGGAUAGGAAACCUUUCAUCUUUGAAUAGUCUUUAUCUUUCUAACAACAAUUUUCAAGGAAGCAUACCCAAUGAGCUCAGGCGUCUAACAGGCUUGACAACACUCUCACUUGGGAUAAAUAAUCUGUCUGGUAUGGUCCCUUCUUCAAUUUAUAAUAUGUCUUCCCUAAGCGGUUUUACUUUUGCUAACAACCAGCUGCAUGGAGAGCUACCGCCAAAUCUCGGCAUUACUCUUCCUAAUCUAGAGCAAUUUUACUGUGGUGGCAACAACUUCACUGGAACAAUUCCUGCAUCGUUGUCAAAUGCUUCAAGACUUUUUGGUCUUGACUUUUCAGGAAAUGGUCUAUACGGGCCACUCCCUGCUCUGGGAAGGUUGCAAAGCUUACUUUGGCUAAACCUUGAACAAAACAGACUGGGAAGUGGGAAAGCUAACGACCUCAACUUUAUUAGCUUCUUGGCUAAUUGUACCAGUCUGGAGAUGUUGGAUCUUGCAAGUAAUAAUUUUGGAGGAGAAUUGCCAGGAUCCAUAUCCAAUCUUUCUACCCAACUACAAUAUAUUGUUCUGGGGUACAAUUUGAUACAUGGAAGCAUCCCUAAUGGGAUUGGAAAUCUUGUAAACUUGAUCUUUCUAGGAGCAGGAUUCAACAAAUUGAGUGGUAGUGUCCCUGAUGGAAUUGCCAAGCUUCACAACUUACAAGAGCUGUUUCUGAAUGGUAACAAAUUUUCUGGGCCAGUCCCAUCAUUCCUAGGUAACUUGACUUCAAUUACAAAGCUCUUCAUGGACGACAACGAAUUUGAGGGAAGCAUACCGCCAAGUCUUGGGAACUGCAAAAGGCUGCAAAUACUUGACCUUUCUAAUAACAGUCUAACGGGCACCAUACCCAAAGAGCUUGUUGGGCUUUCAUUCGUUGCAAUCUAUUUGAAAAUGUCUAACAAUUCUUUGACUGGUGCUCUACCAUCAGAAGUGGGUGUUUUGAUAAAUCUCGUACAGCUAGAUGUAUCAAGAAACAAGUUAUCAGGUGAAAUACCCAAAACCAUUGGCAGUUGCAUUCUAUUGGAGAACCUACAUUUGGAAGGUAAUGAAUUUGAAGGGACAAUUCCUCAAUCUCUGGAAAAUUUAAGAGGCUUGGAAGAAAUAGAUUUCUCGUACAAUAACUUAUCUGGGCGGAUUCCUGGGUUUCUCGGCAACUUUAAAUUUCUUAAGCAUCUCAAUCUUUCACAUAAUGAUUUUGAAGGUGAACUGCCUAAAGAAGGGAUCUUUUCAAAUGCCACUGGUGUCUCGAUCCUCGGAAAUGAUAAGCUAUGUGGUGGCAUCCCAGAAUUACUUCUACCAGCAUGCUCCCGCCAAAAAGCUCAUUCAUCUCGAGGACUACUUACUCGAAAAGUAAUCAUCCCAGUAACUUGUGGACUUGCACUCAUAAUUUCUUUGUCAUUCUUCAUUGCUGCUUGUUCAAUGGUGAAAAAGUCAAGAGGUAGACCUGGGAUUUUACAAUCAUAUAAGGAUUGGAAAUUAGGUGUCUCUUACUCAGAACUCGUUCAAUCAACUAACGGGUUCUCUGUGGACAAUCUGAUUGGUUUGGGAAGCUUUGGUUCAGUUUACAAAGGAGUAGUCCCUAGUGAAGGAACAACAGUUGCCAUUAAGGUAUUCAACCUUCAACAACCUGGAUCUUUCAAGAGCUUCAUUGAUGAAUGCAAUGCUUUAAGAAGUAUAAGGCACCGUAAUCUUCUCAAAAUCAUAACUGCAUGCUCAAGCAUUGAUAAUCAGGGUAAUGACUUCAAAAGUCUAGUUUUUCAGUACAUGGCAAAUGGAAGUCUAGACUCAUGGCUGCAUCCAAGAGAUGAUGUGCAAUCUCAAUGUAAGAGAUUGAGCCUCAUCCAAAGACUCACCAUUGCAAUUGAUGUUGCUUCUGCAUUAGAUUAUCUCCACCAUCAAUGUGAAACGUCCAUAGCUCAUUGUGAUCUAAAGCCAAGCAAUGUCCUUCUUGAUGAAGAUAUGGUAGCCCAUGUUGGUGACUUUGGUUUAGCAAGGUUCCUUCUUGAAGCAUCAAAUAAUCCUUCUGAAAGUCAAAGCAUAUCAACUGGACUAAAGGGUUCCAUAGGCUACAUACCUCCAGAGUAUGGCAUGGGAAGCCAAGUUUCCAUACUGGGAGAUAUUUAUAGCUACGGAAUAUUGUUGCUAGAAAUGUUCACAGGAAAAAGGCCUACCGAUGACAUGUUUAGAGAUAAUCUAAGCAUUCAGCAAUUCACUGCCAAGGGAUUGCCUGACCAUGCCAUUAACGUAGCUGACCCUUCAUUGCUCCUUGAAAGAGAUGAUGCAGAGGCUGAUGAUGACAGAUAUGGGGCCGAUGACAUACAAGAAAGGCCAGUUACAAGAUAUCAAGAUCGCGGCCCAGUUCAAGCAAGAAGAUUGGAGGAGUGCUUGGUUUCAGUGAUGCAAAUAGGACUCUCAUGCUCUGCAAUAUCUCAAGGAGAGCGGAUGCAUAUGGAUGUCGUUGUCAACAAAAUGAAGACAAUUAGAGACUCAUAUCUCAGUUUAAGAAGAAGCUAG